GACGCAUUGACCCGAGAGGGUGAAGGUUUCCGCUAGUUUCCCUUCACAUAUGGCAGCAUUAAUCUGUACGUGCUGCCGGAAGCGAAACUGAAUAGUUGCUGAAUUUCGCAAAGCAGGCUUUAUGACUUGAGCUUGAUUUUCAUGUUAUUUAUUUUUAUUUGGAUUCAUCGCUGGUCGGCCUGGUCCACAAUUUUCCUAAAAUAAAACUUCAAAAAGAUAACCAGGUGCGCUAUUUUCAGUAUCUACUCUGGUAACUGGACAGCAGCCAUGUCUCACAGCCACACGUGCAACUGUCUGAACGUGCGUCUGGACGUGUGGCAGCUGCUGGCGGAGCCGCCGGCCGACCUGCCGGGCCCGGUGCGCGCCGAGCCGCUGGUGGCCGCCGGCUGCCUGUGGGCCGUGCUCGGCCCCGACCGGGUGGCCGUCGAGCAGACGGCCCUACUGCGCCGCCAGCCGGUGUCCGGCGCCGACGGCUGGUCCGUCUGCCGCUGCCUCAACUGCGGCUGCGUCACACACGCCGUCUCGGAGAGCGCCGGCUCCCCGGCGGCCGUCAGCCGCUUCCUGCUCUCGGAGCCGUCCCGGAUCGCCGCGCUGCAGCACAGCGACCGCUUCUCGCCCGCCUUUCGGAUCGUGCUGCCGCAGCUGACCGAGACGCUGGAGCGCUCGCUGGCGCCGCCGGCCAGUCCGCGCUCCCAUCCGGCUCUCACGGCCGCCCUGCGACACAUGAAGCUCAACGUCAGCGCAUAUGUUAAACGGGAGGAGGUGCGAGUAGAAACAGCCAUCCAGAACUUCCGAGAGGAGAAACUGGCGGAGCUGAAGGAGGCCAAACAGAGAGCCCACGAAGACUCACAGGCGUUCACAAGUCUGCUGCUGCGGGUGGAGGACCAGCUGUGUGUGACGCCCGAGUCGACCGGCAGUGGCGCACUCUCCUCUGUGGAGUCGGAGCGGCGCGACACGGUGGCCCCGCUGCGCAGUGAGCGUCGACCGUCGGGAGUUCCGUCCCAGGGCCUGGUCGGUGUCUUCCUGAUGGACGGAGAGGAUGACGUGGAGGUGGCCGAGGAGGCCGAGGAACAGUACCCCCAGGUGGGCUCCACCGUCGACCGACAGGAUUACGAGGAGCCGGACACGGACGACUCUGGUGUGGAGGAGCCGCGUCCGCUGCCGGUACCCACCAACCGAGCCGCUCAUAUGGCCGACGUGGCGCACUCGCUGCCCGUGCACAUCCCGGUACCGGCCGAGCUGAUGGCUGCUGGUCGUCAGCGGCCGUACCAGCCGGAGGAGGAGGCGGUGCCGGAUAUCGACCAGAUGGCCGACUCGAUCCGUCAGUUGGCGCAGAGCCUGCACACGGAGCCGGGCAUGUUCGCCGACCUGCCGCGGCCGCGCACCAACACCAUGAACCGAUGAGCGCCGGCCAGACGUCCGACGGGCCGCCGGACGGCUCUGCUGGACCGCUCGAAUGGCUCCGCCGGGCUGCUCGAUCGGCCCUGUUAGCCGCUCGAACGGCCCUGUUAGCCGCUUGAACGGCCCUGCUAGCCGCUCGAACGACCGGUGGGUCCCCCGGACGGCUCUGCUGGCCACCGCAGACAGAGUGCGCCAUCAGAAGCCGCCGGUGCAGAGACCUCAGUGGUGUGGUGCGCGGCCGUGAAAACUGUGACAUAAGGGUAAAUUUUCAUUGGCGGGUUGCCUUUGGCAUUGGGAUCAGUAGUCCGUAUUCAGCGAGGGGCUUGUGCUAUUGCGCUCACAAGUCAAUGUCAUGGUGCGGUUGAUGAGAUACGCGAGACGCUUACGCCCUGUACCGAACCGUCAAAGGAUAUACCGCCAGAUCGGUUUGGUCUGUUAGGUCGACCGCAAUCGCCUUUUAUUGUAUUGUCCUUUUCGCAGUUACCUCUGAGCCCAGGUCUGAAAGUUUUGGUUUUCACUCUGGCAGUCCUUUUGAAGCAGCUCUUGUUCUUUAGGAUUAACUCGCGAUGAUCUGAUCAUUUCACAUCAUGAUUUUUGUAUUGAUUACGUGCAGGAUGGAACGGCUAUUACCUUUGAGGUUAUUGGUUGCAAUAUUAUUUGAAUUUUAACCAUAUAGUCAAAUGUUGGGUGGGACUGGUUAUAGGCAAUCAUUCACUGUUAAUGAAGUAAUUGGUCAUGUUCAGGAGCAGUCUUUCUAGCUUUUCAGAGAUAUAUACAGGUCAGCAUACAGUGUACCAUUAUCAGUCAAAGUAUCACCACGUUUAUCAGCAGCGGGAUGGUUUUCUUAGGUCGUGCGUCGGCCGCCAGCCACCUCUUGCCAUGAAGCAGCGUUCGCGGGUGGUUCUGCCACCGCGACACACAGAAUAUACACAGGGCGGCGUCUGAUAGUUAGACGCCGCUCUCCGGUUAACGUUUGGCUGUGCUUGGCGACGCGGUUCGUCAUGUUACUCGUGGGGCAGCGGACGGGUGGGGCGCGCAGCGGACGGGAUAGGGCGCCUGCCGUCCAGCGCCGACCCUGGGACGGAGUGGUGGGUUCUGUCUGCUCGUCUGCCCCGCGGUGUCUGUGUGUGUGAGCUGCUGCGCGCUGUUCUGCGGACGUGUAGCUGUGAUAGUCGGCAGGAGCGUCCACCAGCGCAGCCCCUGUGCUUCAGCCCGCCGCCCGGCCCGACCGCUAUUCACUAAUACAUGGCUGCAGCGUGA